GAGUUGAGGUUAAGACAAUAAUGAUCCGGAAAUAACAAGAAACCUUAAAGUGGGCACCCCCAGCGUAUCUUAACCAAACCCCAUCAACACCCCUGUUUCUUUAUCUUAAUUCUUACCAAACUCAAACACUCAACACCUUCAUUCUCUGUAGAAACCACAUUCUUAACCCAACCAUGGCCUCAGCAACUCAUCUACUUUUCUCUGCAUCUUCUCCCACGUUUCAGGGUAGUUCUAAGCAAGAUGGGUCCAUUAUGGGAGCUCUGAGUUCAUCUUCCUUGAAGUCUGGAUCAUAUAAUUCUAGAAACUCAGCUAUAAGACUCGCAGGACAUUCUCUGACAUCAAGGAAAUAUUAUUCAUCAUGUUUCCCAGCAGCACAAGUUUGUAAACAAUCUUCGGUUGGAUACCAUAGACUUAAAUGCACAAAUACAGCUACAAGUGAUCUAGAGUUGCAAGCCAAGGUGACUUCCAAGUGUUUUUUUGAAGUGGAAAUUGGGGGUGAAUCUGUCGGUAAAAUUACAAUUGGUCUCUUUGGGGAGGUUGUUCCCGAUACUGCUGAAAAUUUUCGUGCUUUGUGUACAGGAGAGAAAGGAUUUGGCUACAAAGGGUGCUCCUUCCACCGUAUCAUCAAAGAUUUCAUGAUCCAAGGAGGUGAUUUCACUGCAGGAAAUGGUACUGGAGGAAUCAGCAUCUAUGGUUCUACAUUUAAAGAUGAGAGCUUUGCUUUGAAACAUGUUGGGCCUGGAGUAUUAAGCAUGGCCAACGCAGGUCCGAAUACUAACGGGAGCCAAUUUUUCAUUUGCACAGUGAAGACUCCAUGGUUGGAUAAUCGCCAUGUUGUAUUCGGGCAUGUCAUUGAUGGCAUGGAUAUCGUCGAGAAGCUUGAAUCACAGGAAACAAGCAGGUCAGAUGUUCCUCUAGCGCCGUGUAGAAUUAUCAAUUGUGGAGAGCUACCCCUAGAUGGUUGACUGGUUUCCCCAAAAGAACCUGCGAGAUUAAUUCCAUUUUGGCUCAUCUCAUUUUUCUUAUACUCAAGAUGUCCAAUGGUUUAAUAAAGUAGUCAUGUAGUAGAACUCUUUUGAGGUGAGAUGAAAACUCAGAAGGCAAUCUAUUAGCCCCUUUGUCUAGUUAAAUUUCUUUUUCCAUGUAAUAGAAUGCUGGUCUCAGAUUCAGGAGGUGGUAAUGGCAAUUUUAAGUUAUGCGUGUA